CGCUACAUGUCUUCCGCUAAAAAGCGAGCGUCGAGCUAGAUCGCGAAUUUUCUAGACUCUCGCAUCUUGGUAACGGGGCCAAGCCUCAGCGUACGCCGUCGCACAUAACCUUGCGCGACUUUUGGUGAAGCGAAGGUUGGGUUCAUCGACUAGUCAAAGCUUCCUCGUCGAUACCGCCGGUACCACUGGGAAAACAUGGCCAAGUGGGGCGAAGGUGACCCGCGAUGGAUCGUCGAAGAACGGCCCGACGCUACCAACGUGAACAACUGGCACUGGACCGAGAAGAAUGCCUCGUAUUGGUCCAAGGACAAGCUCAACGAGCUCCUUACCAACAUCGAAGUGAGCGACUCUAGAGGAACCUGCAAGAUCGUGGAGAUGCCUAAGUGCGAAGGUGAGGCUGUCGCCAACAACCGGAAGGCGAAGCUCAUCUUCUUCUACGAGUGGGUCAUAGAACUCAAGUGGCAGGGUGAGCCAGACGACAGCGAUGAGCCCAUCGAGGGGAAGGUGGAGAUACCGAACUUGAGUGAAGAGCAUGACCCCAGCGAUGUGGAUGUGACGGUGACUGUCUCGUCUAAAGGUGAUAAGGCUGAAGCACUAAAGGAGUUGAUGAGAUCGAAGGGCACCCAAAUAAUCAGGGAAAGGCUAGAAACCUACAUUUCAGCACUUAAGCAAGAAUUCUCACAAGGAAUGAUUCUGCCCACAAGAAGUGAUUCCAUCAACCAGGUCAAGUCGACGGGCAAGACUGCGGUCAACUAUAAGCAAACGCCACUGAAUGGCUCAUCGGGUGACAAGGCGCCCAGCCUCGUCAAAGUGGACACCACUAGCAUCAUGCAUGUGGAGAGUUUCAAGUGCACAGCUGAAGAGCUUUACCGAGCCCUGACUGUAAAGGAGAUGGUGCAGGCGUUCAGCCAAAGCCCAUGUGUUUUGGAAGUGCAGAAAGGAGGAAAAUUCGAACUAUUUGGAGGCAACGUCAGCGGAACCUUCCUCGAGCUAAUCCCAGACAAGAAGAUCCGCAUGCAGUGGCGGUUUGGCAGCUGGCCCCAGAGUCACUACUCCGACGUGACCAUCGACAUUGAGCAGAAGUCGGACUGCACCGAGGUAACACUGACGCAGGACGGGGUCCCGCAGGGAGAGGCGGACCGCACACGCGACGGCUGGCAGCGCCACUAUUGGGACAGCAUGAAGCGAACGUUUGGCUUCGGGGCCAUCCUGUUCUGAGUCGAGAACUGUGUGUGUGUGGCCUGCGUCCCGACCAAAGGCAGGAGAGGAAAUUUGCUUGACUCUGAAAUGCUGCUGUGCACUCCCCGCCACGCGCCGUGUCGGAUAACUACGAUGGGUGGUGGAUUGUGUGCCGACUUUGUGUGAUGCGCUCGUGUUCGGGAUGGGAACAUACUUGGGACAUGACUUUGAAAGUACCAGACUGCCAUGACUGUUUGUGGAGGGAAUGGCGUGCUGGAGCAUCUGGAUACUAAUUCGCACAUUUUUACUGGUCUCCCAUUUUGCAUCGUCUGCUUCGAAGUGUCCUAGUGUGCAACGACUGGGUCCGUGACAUGCACCACAAUAAUGGUAGCAUUUUUUUUUUCGCCGACAGCCUUGAUUUGUUAGCAUAUUAAAAAUAGAUGUCAUGCCACACGUGCAAAUGUCAAGGCAACCUAAAUGAAUUAGAUGAAGCCCAGUGAUGAACUUUUUCCACUCUACUCAAUGGUUGCCUCAGCUUUUUGUGGCUGGCGCGAGUAGCAAAUUGUGCAUGCGGCUGUUUGAUUCAGCAAACAUAUUUAAUUUUUUUUCAUUGCUUUUGCAGUAAAGGUUUUUGUGGCAAAAUGACAUUUGAUUUGACUGAAAGCAUGUCACAAAUACUGCUUUUCAUAAUUUUCAUUCACGUUAUCAAUCUUUAAAAAUCAAGACCUGCAGAAACAAAAAAAAAAAAAUCAGAAGGCAAGUCAGUUUUGUCCACGCUGCCUGUCCAUUUGGAACCUGUCCAACUCUGGUGAUAUUCCAAAACAUUUAUGUGCAAGUGUUGUUGGAAGCUGUAAAUAAAAUGUCCUCAUUAA